AUGAAUUCAGACAUGAACCAAGAGGAGCAGGAUAGUGAUCACGGCAAUGAAUUUACUUGGGCGCAGUUUAUCAAAGGUGGCUGGGCCUCGGGGCGGGGUCUUCUUCAGGGGGCGUGGCUGUGGAGUGGGUGUGGCGGUGCCCUGGGGCGUGGCCACUGUGCAGAGGGUUUGAGUGAUGCGUUAACAGUGGGUAGUGCGUGGCUCGGGCUCGAGGAAGUGUCCAACCUCCAGGAUAGCUCCAGGACAGAACUGUCCGGACCUAACAGUCGUGUGAAACCAGAGACCGCCAGCGGUCCUGCCCGCCGGCCAUGUGGCCCCCGCUGGUCCUGCUUCUACUGCUGCUUCCCGCCGCCCCGGUGCCCACCGCAGAGGCAGCCCCGCUCCCCGACGCCGACACCCAGGAAGGCCUUCAGAGCCUGCUCCAAGGAACCGGAGUUGGCUCAGACGGACAGCUGUGGGCGGAUUCAAACCUGGGCCCCAGCUCGGGCUGUCCUCCCGGCUCGUGAGGUGGCUGCUGCGGCGAUGCGGCGCGGACCCCUUCGAGGACCUGCGGCAGGGCGCCCACUGGCGGCACGACCCUGGGUCUACCCCCUACUCCCAAGCCCGCCCCUUGUCCCUUCCCACACCCAUCAGCUGCUGUAGGGGAUGGGGGUGGACAUCAAGACUAUGGAGGGGAACAGACAUGGACCCUCACCAGACCCCACCCCUAGCACCUUUCAAAAAUAAAA